GAUGGAUAUUGACGUUGGUUGUGUGGCAUGUUGCACCGUCUUGUUGGAAAUAAACAUCGUCCAUAUCCAUUCCUUCAAGUUGCGGCAAAAAAUAGUCCUCUAUCAUCACGUGAUAUCGCUCAGAAUUGACGGUAACGGCGUCCCCGACCGCAUUUUCGAAAAAGUAAGGUCCGAUGAUGCCUUUUGACCACAAUGCACACCACACAGUCACUUUUUGAGGAUGCAUCGGCUGCUCUUGAUACUCACGGG